AUGGCCGCGCCGGGGCCGCCGCCACCCCCGGGGGGACGCGCGGGAUCCGGUGGGAUCUGGCGGGACCCCGCGGCCCUUCCCGCCAUCGCCGGGCACGAGGCCACGGCCGCGGCCCCUCUCCCGCCGCCCCGGAACCUUCCAGGGCGAAACCACAACGCGUCACCGCUGCCGCGGCGCCAGCCCUGCCCCACACCCCGCGGCCCUGCCCCACGGCCCUGCCCCACAGCCCAGCCCAGCCCCUGCUCGAGGGGCUGUCCCACAGCCCCCCCUGCCCCACGGACUGCCCCACCUCCGUGUGCCGGACCGGCUCCACGAGUGGGGCCAGCUCCACGUGCCAGGCCAGCCCCUCGUGCCAGGCCAGCCCCGCGUGCCAGGCCGGCCCCGCGUGCCAGGCCGGCUCCACGUGCCAGGCCGGCCCCGCGUGCCAGGCCGGCUCCACGUGCCAGGCCGGUCCCGUGCUCCUUCUGCCAGCACAACGGCGAAGCGCCGAGCAUGUACGAGAGCCACAGCCUGCGGGACGCCCAGGGCCGCCUGCAGUGCCCGGUGCUGCGCAGCUACGUGUGCCCCCAGUGCGGCGCCACGCAGGACCAGGCGCACACGCGGCGCUUCUGCCCGCGCACGCACCGCGGGUACACGUCCGUCUACUCGCGCCCGGCGCGCGCCGGGAGCGCCGGGAGGAGGCAGGAGAGCCCCAGGAAGUAGCUGGGGGGAUGGAGGACCCCGUGGAACCGUGCAGGGAUUUCCUCAGAGGAUGAGACCCCUGGGACCAGUCUGCCCAGUUUGUGCCGACUCCUGACCUCGUGGGACCCUGGGAGAGUCGCCGUGGCCGGAUUUGGGCGCUGCCGCCGGGGCCAGUUCUGCGUUCUGCGUUAUGUUUGAGUUUGGAGUUCUGAGUUUUGGAUGGGAAGGGGUCAGUGCUCCAUGGUGGAGCUGUUAUGGAUGUUCUGAGUUGAGUUUUGGUUAAUCCCAGCCUGGGAAGGGACUGGGAGGGGGUCGAUGCUCCUGCUGCUGGAGCUGUUAAACUCUGGUUAAUCAGAUUGUUAAACCUGGGUUAAUCCCAGGCUGGGAAGGGUCUGGUGCUCCUGCUCUGGAGCUGUUAAACUCUGGUUAAUGAGAUUGUUAAACCUGGGUUAAUCCCAGGUUGGGAAGGGCCCAGUGCUCCAUGCUGGACCCGUUAUGGAUGUUCUGA